AUGUUUUGGCUUAUUCUUCUUCUCCUCAUAGGUAUUACUUACUUCGUAUACAAUCAACAAAAGAAUCGAAUACGAACAAAUGUCAGUUCAGAUAAGCAAUAUGAGCACGCGAUUAUCAUGGGUGGAAGUAUUUCCGGUAUGACAACAGCUGCGUAUUUAUCGAAGUACUUCAAACGAAUUACCAUUAUUGAACCGGAUGAUGUUCUGAAUGAAACUCUGAUGAAUUCCACCGCUGAUGAGUUGCUGAAUUAUCGUUGUAACUUGACGAAUUCGAAUACAUUAGGUCGAUCGGGUACGAGUCAAAGUUAUCAGAUUCAUGUUCUACAAGGUGAAGGCGGAAAGAUUCUGUUUGAUUUAUUCCCGAACUUGAAAAGUCGAUUGAUUAACGAACACGGUGCCAAAGUUGUUUCAUUGAAGGAAAACUUUCGUUUCGUUAUCGGUGAUGUUUUGUUAAACAAGAACUUAACUGAAGAUCUUUCAUGGUUUUGUAUCGAUCGUUUUACAUUAGAAACGAUUAUGCGACGUGAGUUAUGUUCAUCAUUCAAUCAAGAAACAAUUCAAUGGAUGUGCAAUACUCGAGUCAAUCGAUUGAUCGUUGACCGAUCAACGAAUGCUGUUCAAGGUGUUCGAUACCGUUCAAAAACGACUUCAGACAAAGAAGAAAGUGUGCUUUACGGCGAUUUCAUUGUUGAUUGCACAGGAAGAUUUAGCUCAUCAAUCAAAUGGUUGAAACAAGAUUUUGAUCUAAUCGUUCCGACUGAACAAUUACAUGUCGGAACAGGUUACGUUUCGUUCGUUGGUGAACGACUCAAAACAGGAAAUUCAACGUUAGAUUCGAUUCACGUCGGUGGCAAUGCUGCACAUGCUCCACAUCAUAAUAAAGGUUUUCUAACGAUACCCAUUCGUCAGUUGAACACGUCGGAUCCGAACUCAUUAGGUUUGCUAUCAAAUUUUGCUGUCUACUGCAUCAACAAUGAAUAUCCUCCGAAUGAUACUUAUGAAAGUCUCUUAGAAUGGGUCAAAGAACAUCUGCCGAAUGAUUACUAUCUGAUGCUAAAAUCGACUAAACUAAUCGGCCCAUUACUUCCUUAUCGGCGCGCGUUCGAUGAUCGAAAAUACGUCGAGUCCGUUGGUCGACGAUGGCCUCGAAACUAUGUUCUUGUCGGCGAUGCUAUGUGUGUUUUCAAUCCCAAAAAUGGACAAGGUAUGACACACGCAUGUCGACAGGCGCGACAAUUGAACGAAAUCUUCAGCCGAAAGUAUUCAUUAGAAGAAAUUCCUUAUGUCUACAACCGACAAGCUUCAUCAAUCAGCGAGGAAUGUUGGCUCGGUUCAAUUACGAACGAUUGGGCAGUGCCAAGUUUGAAAUUAGUCAAAACAGAUCAAAACGGUCAGACAAAAACAUACCAACGAACCGAUGAUCCGACGUUGAACUGUCUACCGCCGCAGAUACCUUUAUUCAUGCAGUUUCUGCAAUGGUAUACUUAUUGGUUAAUUAAAUGCGCAGCCUACUCCGGAGAAUUAACAACUGCGUUUAUUCACGUUGUUUUUCAAGAGAAAACUCCGUAUUCGUUGUUGAAACCGAGAUUUUUCUUUCGAAUUCUGUUCGCUUCGAUUUUAGAUUCUUUCAAUUUAACCAAACAAUUUUUAACGUCCUAG